UUUGUUUUGUGUACGUGUAGGAGUAGCCAACCGAGAGAAGAGGAAGCGGCACUUCAACACAGCGCCAUUAAAGCCGGAGGGUUGUAGGGAGCAGAGCGGCGUCUCAGGAUCAUGAAUGCCGAGGUCCCUUUCCUCAUUUUCCUCAGUGGCUGUUGUAUGACUUGGACGGAGACCCUGACCGUGAAUGGAUCGGUCGGGGGAACAGUCAGAAUCGAAUGCACUCACACCAAUGCGUAUACCAACAAGAAAUAUUUCUGUAAGGGAAAAUGUAAGGAUGUGAAGGACGUUCUCAUAAGUACUAGCACCAGAGGAUCGGAUAGGUACUCUAUCAAAGACAAUGGAAACACAUUCAUCACAACAAUGAGGGAUCUGCGCCUGGAAGACACUGGGACUUACUGGUGUGGGAUACACAGGUUCCCUCUCGACACAUAUGUAAAAGUGUGUCUCAAGGUAAACAAAGUGGUGAAGAGUGAUGUCAAUGCUGUCAAAGAAGCUAUUUCAACACGGUUUACACCAACAGCCCGGCCAACAGACUUCGAAAAUGAAAUCUCACGAGGAGAAAGCAUUUCUGAUGUGAAGAGUGAUGUUCCUACUGUCCAAGAGACAACUACAACAGAGUUUGAACCAACAGGACGCCAAGCAGACUUCGAAAAAGAAAGCUCAAAAGGAGGAAGCAUUGCUGGUGAUCUGUCUUAUCAGUUGACAUAUAUAAGAGCAGCCCUUGGUGUUGCUGUGUUGGUGCUGGCCCUGGUUCUUCUGAUCUUCUGCAGGAUAAAACGCAAAAGAGCCGCAUUUGCUUCAGAGAAAAGCCAAAGCACCCAUGAAUGUCCAGGAGACCCUAGGAGGAACAGCCUCCUUCCCGCCUCAUUGACCAAUCCGCGCCCUGAUAGCGCUAUUUACUGCAAUGUCAGUGGGUUUCCAAAGCCUCAGGACCAACCAGAUGAGAGGAUGGUGGUCCCCUCCAGUCCAGAGCAGCCCGGUGUCUUCUACUCCACUGUGAACUACAACAAUGAUUCCAAGGGUGUGGCUCUCAAAACGGAUACAGACUCUGUCAUGUAUUCUACCAUUCAAAAGACUCAGUAAGGGCCUGGAGGAAAAUAAUUAAGUGAUUAUGCUUUCGGAAAAUACUAUUAAUAGUGAUAGUCAUACCUUUACUACUAUUAACAGUUUUAUUUAUUUCGUAGUGUGGGGAUCAUAAUCCCCACACUUCGAAAUAAAAUAUGUUACCUAUUUUCUAUUUUUAUAUUCUUUCAAUUGUCAUUUGUCGAAUAGGUAAAUGUGGGAAACUGAAAUGAACACACACGAAAAUGUGCAUGCAGGCACACAAGCACACACAUACAAACACUCACACACGCACUCACACAACUAAACUGAAGUGAAAGUAUACAAACAUUUUAAUAAAACUAAUGCAGAGAGCAAUUCAGCAAUCAUAGAAGGGUGUUUACCAAACUCCUCUGUUUGAGAACCAACAAUUUCCUUCAGUAGCACUUAGUAGAGAAUAUAAUUACAACCCACAAGAGGGUUUUUCAUGCAGAUCAAUGUAUUUAACAUGAGGUGACAAGUCUAGUCCUACAUUAAAGACCUCCAGCAUAAUAAGCAAGGACUGGUAUAGCUGAAAAAAUAAAAUAAUAAUAAGCUUGAUGAAACAAACUGAAGAUGUACCUACCUCACCAGUUGGACCCAUGUUUCAAAUUGUUUUCCUCGUCACCGCCAGAGAGAACAGUAGUAUAAUGUGCUAUGGGCCAUCAUAAAGUCAGCGUCUUUCGUGAUUCUUAUACAUUGGCCACUAGAUGACAGUGCUUCUUGCCAAUUAAUUAAAUAAUAUAUCAAACUAAUUAUUUGUCAUGUUUGAAAAAGUUUGUCGUGUUUGAAAAAUAAUUUAUAAACCCAUUAUUGUAAGAAUAAUAACUCAAUACGA